ACACUUGUGUUUGUGUAUAAACAGUCAGUAUUUCUAUAGAUUUAUACAAUUGUUCGUCAAAUUAGAAAUGCGCUUCAGUGAAUGCUUUUAAAAAGUUCAUUUAGUUUUUCAGUUCAAAUCGCAAGCCGGUAAAGCUUUUCUAUUUAAAAAGUUCUGCCGCGAAAGCUUAACCUGAACACAAUAUACUUCGAAUUUUCUGGAUACAUUAGAGUCGACUUAUUUACUUCUUAUCCAAAAUGACGAGUACAGAAAAUUUUGAAGAUCCUCACAAAGAAAUUUUCACCAAAAUAAAUAAUAAUAAGCCAGACGAACUAAAAGCGCUAUUGGCUGCUAGCAAAAUUAAAAUAGAUUUUAUUGAUGAAAAUGGUAUGAGUCCAUUGCAACAUGCUUGUUACAAGGGGAAUAAAGAAAUAGUGCAAAUGCUUUUAGACCAUGGUGCUGAUCCAAACAAAUGUGAACAUGAUAAUGGUUACACAGCCUUGCAUUUUGCUGCUUUAAGUGGUAAUGCAGAUUUGUGCUACCUUUUGAUGUCAUAUGGUGCAAAGAUUCAUGCUGUUAAUAGCGUUGGUCGAACUGCUGCACAAAUGGCUGCUUUUGUUGGAAACCACAAUUGUGUAGCCACUAUUAAUAAUUUUAUACCAAAAGCAGAUAUAGACUACUAUAUUAAACCUCAAGGAUUGCAGACAGAACCAAUGUUGUAUCCACAUUUAUCAAAUUCAUUUCAUUCCUUCAUUAUGCAAGUCAAUAUUCAUCCAGUUAGAGUGAUAAUGAAUUUGCAAAAGUUCCCUGGGCUUAUGGAAAAGUUACCAAUGGUUCAAAAAGUUCUCGAAGCAAUGAGGCAAAGAGAAAUGACAAGAGGAGCAGAAACCAAUGAAGUUAUGGCAUUUAAAUAUCAUUAUUUAAGCUGCAUAGUUGCAGAAGUAAUUAAAUGUCAAAAACAACAUAACGCUAUGAAAGCUAAUAAAAGUGAGAAAGCUAAUGAAAAUAAAGAUCAAAAUAAAAAUGAAGAUAAGAGUGAUGAGAAAAAGUCUGAUAUUAUGGAGCUGUUGAUAAAGAAGUUCCUCAAGACCAAGAGUGAUGGUACUCCUGAAUUUCAAGAGUUAUUCUUAAGAGAAACUGUAAGAGAAUUCAAUUUCAGAGACAGUACUAUUUUCCGUCAAAUGGUUGCAACAUUAACCAGUUCAGACCCUCCCAGUGGCAUAUCAGUAAUUGCUGCUGCAAUCAAUGGACAAAGAGCUUUCAGUGAUAAUUCGCAAAUUUGUGAUACUUGUGGAGAAGAGAAAGCCCCGAAAAAGUGCAGUAAAUGCAAGAUGGUUCAAUAUUGUGACAGAGAAUGUCAAAGAUUACAUUGGUUUAUGCACAAAAAAACCUGCAAUCGAUCAACUCAAUCCAGUGCAAAGGUACCUGAUCCAAAUAAUGAUGAAAUCAGUAAUGCUAUUGCUUCGAAACUUAAAAAUUUGGCGGUCAACUAAAUUACAUUUAUAUGUAUUUUUGUGUAUAGCUAUUGUGUUUCACACAAAUUUUAUGUAUAUCCACAUUAUACAUAAUAUACUUAUGUGUAACGUACACUGACAUUUUAUUUGUAAAAAAGAACUUCAGUUUCAUUUGUAACAAUUGGUGCUGUUGCUUGAAAAAUAUUUCCUAAACUAUUUGAUUUGACUUAUUUCAUGGACCACUCAAAGAAGAAUAAUAUAUAAAGAUGUAUUGAUUUUGUUAACAAAUUAAAUGUAUU